GGGGUCCCGCCUUCUUGCAUCAGCAAAAAGCGGAUACCAAGUUGCAGUACGAGAUAACUCCGGACAAGUUAAAAAACAAAUUCCAAGAGGGGGAGGGUUGCAGCUCUCGGGGCCGGCAGAACAAUCCUAAUCGAGUAGGGCGGGGCCGGCGGGGAAAAAAAGGGAGCAACGAUUGGAAACAAGGAAAUAGACUCGCCAACUUAGCCGUUGAUAGGCUAGGAAGCGGUGAGAGGACACACACAGAGAGAGGGAGAGCGAGCGAUGGAGGGGAGGGGAGGGGAGGGGAGGGGAGGGGAGGGGAGGAAGGGAGGAAGGGAGGAACGGGAGUUGGGUAUGGCCUGUAUGGAUGGGGGAAUCGAAUGGGAAAGGGAGGGCGGCCCUGCGAGUGGAAAUCGAAAAUCUGGGGAAGGGGGAUAGAUAGAUAGGAUAGGCAAGGCGACGGUUAUUGGACUGGACAAGGCUGCGGCUGGGGCCAAAGGUCGGGUCACUGGGUCCUUGGAUUGGUAUGUAUUAUUAUUAUCUAUUCCAAGAAACAAAAACAAAAAACAAAAAACAAAAAAGUAAAGAGGAAAAUACGCUGUAAUGCGAGGGAAGACAGGAGCUGAGGGAAGCAAGCAGGUGAGUGGGGGGGGGGAUUAUUUUAGGCAAAGUC